AUGACCAAAACGAUGGAUAUUGAUAAUAAUAAUGAAGAUUUGAUUCAUACGAAAACCGUUUUUCGACGUCAUUCAAAAGGUCCUGUUAUGUUUAAUGGAUGUUCACCAUCAGGUGAUGUUAUUAUAAUUGAUAAUAUUAGUCAAAAAAAAUCCUAUGAUCUAACUGGAUGGUAUAUUGAACGACAAACAGAUUCUCAACAAUUUCUUCGAUAUACAUUUACAAAUAAAUUUAUUCUUCCACCAAUGACAACAAUAGAAUUAUGGUCAACUACAUCAACACCUAUAUCAAUAUCAAAUGAGCUAGAACAUAAUCAAUCACCAGAAUCAUACGAACAAAAACAGACAUUUAUUAUAAUUAAAACAAAAUUAUUAACAUGGAAUACAGCUCGACAAUGGAAUGCAGUUGGCUUGCUUGGUCAACAAAUAAGUGGUCUUUUCUCUGGUCUUUUUACAGACCUUUUUGGUGGAUUUGGCAAACGUGGAUUAUCAGAUCUCAUGAACAUUAAUAUUGGUGAAGUUGUGAACCAAUUUGUUGCUCAAGUUAAACAAAUCUAUCAACGUUUAAUAACAGUCUUUGCUCAAAUUGUUCAACAUGCUGAAGAUUGGAUCCAAAAACCUGAUUGGGCACGUAUUGAAUUUGCUCGUGCUGGCGCUGAUGCUGAACAAGCUAUUUCACAAAUCCAUCUUGGCGUUGAAUUCUUACAACCACUCGUUAAUCUUGUUCAAACUCAUUUACAAGCUCUCAUCCCCGAUUUCGAAGGAAUCAUUCAUCAAGUUCUCGCCGCUAUUCAACACCCAGUUCAAUCACUCAUUGGUACUGGUGGUCUUUUACAACCAUAA